AUGACGUCGAGAAGGAAGUACAAUAUAGGAGACUUCAUUCAGUAUGCCACGGGCAAGCUUGCGACCGAAUAUGCAGCAAUCGCGGACCUAGAUACAUACAAAUUUUCCGAGAAAUUCUAUCUGGACGAGCGUAACAAGCCUUGUCGGCGACUCAUGCUCCUGGUUGGCCAUUAUUGGAGAAGAAGCAGUGGUCCGCCCGUAUGGGCACAUGCGACGGGUACUCAAAUACGAUAUUACUCAGGCGAAGGAGUUCAAGUUAAUCCAUUGAUCUUGGAUAACUAUGGCUUCCGAGUAUACUACGAUAACCCAUUCAACGCCAUGAGCGGUGUUCACAACUCCAGUAAUUCGAAGUCCCGCAUGAUCCCGGAGCGCAAGCUUGAGCGAGCUUUGGUGGAAUCCGUCAUCAACUUUAUCUUUCUAGCGAAAGGACAACUGGUCCAUGCUCUUGACCUAGAGAGCCCAGAUAUGUUAGGAAGCUUCAGGCUGGCGUGCAGAAAUUUUGCGCAACACCGGAAGAAGCCUAAAAUUGCAGGGGAAUCUCUAGAUAAACAACUUUUGGAUAUUGAAGCAGAGAACGCAACGAUACAAGAGCAGGCCCAAUAUGCUGGCCACAAUGGAGGGAGCGAUGAGUUAGUGCUUCAGGAUAAAGAGCCAACUUCUACGGUUCCUGCCAAACGCUCCUUUGCAGACCUGGCCGACAGUACAUCUGAUGAUUCAUCACAGAACUCCAACAAGCGUACAGUCCCAUUCGAGCACUCCAGCAGCUACGGAACCGAAAAGUACGCCGAAUUAGAACUUGAGGUGCAGGCUCUCAAAGCCAAGCUCCAAGAACAGGAAGUCAAACUUCAAGAACAGGAAGCCAAGAACGAUGUCAUCGAAGCGGAGCUCGCCCGACAAAAGGCCAAGAAGCGAGUACUACGAACGCAGCGUGAGGAAUGGAAAGAGAAGUACAUCAAUCAACAGGCGCUUGCUGAAACUGUUGCCGACAGUGCUAAACAAGAGGAAGAGGAUGGAGACUGGAAAGCAAUGUUUUUCGAACAAGAGAAAAAGACAGAACACUACAAGCUGAAGUACACUGCCUUGGAAGACGAGAAGGAGCAAUGGAAGGUGCGAGCAGCGGAGCAAGAGAAGAAGAUUAAAGAACAUGAGGCCCAAAGUACCAGCAGAGGAACGGAUCUUACACAGGAGAGCGGUGAGAGCCAUUACAGUGAACGACAUCCCGAACCUAUCAGAAACUCAGACAAACACAUCGAAGAUGAACGCAAACAUGUUGAGCAAAAGACCAAAAGGGAGCGAAACAUGCUGGAUUUCGUAUUGAGAGGCAAUAUCUUUGUCGAAGGAGCUAAAUAA